GGGAAACGGUAGUCCGGUAGUUCAAGUGGGGCCUUGUGUUUAAAAAGUGGGCCUGAGCCUGAGUUGGCAACAACAAAUUUCUAGUUCUAGUUCUGGCCAACUCAAAUCAACUAUGAACGCAACGCUAGAAUAACUACAGACUACAGGAUCAAAUCAAAUGUGACAUAUUUAUAAAUAAUAAAUAACAUUAUUGAAGCACUGUCCAGUCUACUUUCUACUAUUCCACGUAGACGUAGAGAGUUGUCAAUGGUAAUCAAUAGCCUAGUUACUAAGUUAGUCUAAGUAAGUGGACAAAAAAUCGAGGUUAGUAUCUAUAACUGUGGUUUCGAAAAAUAAAUAUGUACGACAAAAAAAAAUAAAUAAAUAGCCAUAUCAAUAUCAUUAUCAGUGUGAGGGUAAUAUUUACAAGAACGGAACUCAUUUAUUUUCCUAAAUAAACAUGAAAAAUUGCCUUCUGUAGGCUUAAUAAAUAAUAAGCUUAUAAUAUACUUAAAAUGAAAUGUGAUAGGGAAGCGUUAUAUUCGCAGUCGGCUGCGCAUAACCACUUCGAAUGUGAUUUAUACUUUUCUGUUUAAUUAUUAAUAGUACGAAUAGGUCUAGGCCUGCAGUAUACAUCAUGUCUUAAUUCCAACAUUGCCAACAUGUCCUAGUAGUAGUGUUAUUGCUAAAAAAAAAAUUUAAUCUCUUCUAGUCUAGCUUUAUUUAGUGUUGAAGAAAAAUGACUUAUCCUAUCUAUGAAUAAUUAUGCCAUGAAAUAUAGCCUAUGUAACAUAUACCAUAUACUUUACCAUAAUCAGAUUUAUCUGCCUUGUAAAUUGUAAUUGUAAGCCUAAAAUAAUUUUGAAAGUAAGACGCCUUUUGAAUUAGCAUAUUAGUGUUUUGUGGAAUACCCAACUGAAGUUAAAUAGCCUACUCAGUACCAGUAUUUUAUUAUAAUGACUACUACUACUAAAAUUUGCAUUUAACUGUGUAAAAAAAAAAAGCUGUAAAUUAACAACCUAAGUUAUUAAAUUUAAAUAAAUAUUAUUCUUUCUGUUUUUUCCCCCCAGAAUUUGGUUUUAAAGUACAGUUAGUUCAACUGAUUAGGCCCAUAAUUAGCACAGGUUUUUGACAGCUGAUUUUUGUCAUAAUUAAUUCAAGGAAGGGAAAAAUGACUUCAAAUGGACGUUAUGGUGGUGCUAGUCCUAGCCAUAGGAGUCAAUCUAAAAUACCAACGCCAACACUAACACCAAGUGUUUUAGUGAAAAUUAUUAAUGACUCUAGUCAUGGUUGUCUAAAUAUAAAAGAAAUUACUGAUGCCUUAUGUAUCCAUAAACCAUCUGAUCAAGAAUAUCUAUGGAAGGUAUUGAAUAAUAAAAAAGACAAUUUCAUUAUUGAGGAACAAAGUAAAAGUAAAAGAGCAUCUCAACUGAAUGGUAGUGAGUUAGUGUAUGUUUUUACAAAGCUUACCUUAUGUGAGACACACUGCCGACAAGCAGGUAAUGGCCAUAACAGACAUUGCAAUGGACGCUGCGAAGAUCUUCAUCUUUGCAGAACCUUUCUCCUUUGUACGCAAGAUGCAUGCCCUUUUAGUAAGAAACGUAAUUGCAUGUUCGGUCAUGAAUUUUAUUCACGUCAUAAUGCCCCUCUGUUAGAGAAGCAUAAUUUGGACAGAUUGGAUGACGAUGAAUUGCGAAGACUUUUUAGAAGACCAUCUUCAAGAAGUAAAACAACUAUGCCUCAAGUGUGUAAAUACUAUAAUGAUGUCAAGGGGAAAAGAUGUGCUAAUGAAAAAUGCAAAUCAUUGCACUUGUGCUCUGAUUUCAUUGAAGAUCAAUGCUUUGAUAACUGCCCACGAAAUCACAAUCUUGCUGACAAACGAGUCACAAAAAUACUUGAUCUUUUUGGAAUUGACAGUUCUUGGAGAGAGCCUUUACUUUUAGAACAUUUGCAGAGAUAUAAUCAUACACGUAAGUUUAAUUUGUGAAAGUGUUUUUAGUUUUGAUAUUUUAAUAAAUAAAUCAACAAUGUAUCAUGAAUGUUUUUAAUGAGUAAAUAUAGCUAUUUCUAAAUGUCACAAAUUUAAACAUCUCUAUAGUUUUUCUGCCGCUUAAUGUAAUAAUUUCGAUUUAACAAGGUAAAUAUUUACAUUUUAUUCUAGGAAAAAAAUCAUGGAACAUAAGCAAUAAAAUAAUUGUACAGUUGGGUCCUAGGCAGAGUAGUUGGCAGAGUAGUUUAAUUUGUGAAAGUGUUUUUAGUUUUGAUAUUUUAAUAAAUAAAUCAACAAUGUAUCAUGAAUGUUUUUAAUGAGUAAAUAUAGCUAUUUCUAAAUGUCACAAAUUUAAAGAUCUCUAUAGUUUUUUUUGCCGCUUAAUGUAAUAAUUUCGAUUUAACAAGGUAAAUAUUUACAUUUUAUUCUAGGAAAAAAAUCAUGGAACAUAAGCAAUAAAAUAAUUGCACAGUUGGGUCCUAGGCAGAGUAGUUGUACUUCGAUUAACUAAAAAAAAUGUGCAAGAGAGAAUCCUUUAGAAAUAAAGCUAAUUAAUACUUAAUAAAGAAAAUAACUUUUAUUAGUUAAUGAAAAGUUUUUGCUUGCUUCUAUAUCUUAAAAGUUAAGUCAGAUAUUGAAAAAUUUGAGAUACCAUACAUGAAAAUAUUUUAUCAGUAGGUAUUUAAUUAUGCUUAUUGAUUUUAUCUUUUUUCAUCUUAAAUUUUUUAAAAUGCAUUGUAAAAUUUUAAAAUAAAUUUAUUUUGAAAAUGCUUAAUUAAAUAUACUUUCAUUAAUUAGGACAUCAAGCAGGCAGCAGUGAUGACGAUAUUAGCUCUUGUGAUGGCAGUGAAUAUUAUAACUCUUUUCCUCCAUCCCUUCAAGGAGCAACAUCUGUACCAAAUCUAACUUAUGUAAAGUGUCACUGUAAAAGUUCGACCAGUGAAAAAGAAGGUAAUUUAUUCAAAUACAACUCUUGAUCAGGAAACAGUGAUUUCUAAAAAAAAAGUCAUUUUGUUGUCACAAUUUUUUAGGCACUCUUCUUUUUGCUACCAAGUAUUUAAGUUUAACUACCUUACUUUAAUUUAAAUCAGUGAACGAUUAACUUAAAAGUCCAUGGGACGAACAUCUAUUUGGGUUAAAAAAUAUUCAAUUAUUUAAAAAAAAAAUUGUGUGAAAUUGAGCUUACAAGAUUUAUUUAUCAAAAUAAAUAGAAAUGUAUUUUGAUUGCAUUGAACAUACUUGUUUCAGUCUUGAACGUCCUUGUCUUAGGUUUUGUUGUUACCGGUAACUUAAACUGGUGUGAAGCAAGGUGUUCGGUGAAUCACUGUGUGGUCAGAUUAGCUGUAACUGUCAAUUUCUGGAGUAUUUGUUGGCACUUUGAAUAUAGACUGGACUUUUAUUCCAAAGCAGAGUUCUCUGCUUUUUUUUCAAGAUAAUGUCUUAAUGUCUGAAAUUACAUUAUGUACAGUGGUAAAUGACAUCUCAGACAAAUCCAUCUCUAGCAAAUUAUUGAAUUAAGGGGAGAAAAAAAGUAAGGGAGGUAACUAAGUAGUACUUGUACACUUUUCCUAGGACAUUUAACAAAUAGUGGCAUUAGAGAGACUACUAUUUUUUUUUUUAUUUGAUGUAAUUUUAAGGUCAUCUUCCGGUCUACCCCUUCUUUAUAUUAACAACUUUUGUAAAAUGGUGUCUCUUAUGUGUUCUCAGAUAAUAGGCUGUCACACAGCACAGUUUGUCCAGGAUGUAAUAAGCUACAACAAGAAGUUGACCAGCUAAAGAAGGACAUGUUCUCACUGAUGACAGAUGUAGAGGAAUUAAAAGUAAUGUAUCUUGUGCUCUCAAACUUUAAAAAAAAUUUACCUUAAUUCCUUUCAAUUAUUAUUACUCACAUUAUAUAAACUGGCAGCAUUAUGUUUCUAUCAUUAGGUCAAUAGUUACAAAUUGAAAGCUUUCCAGCCUAUUAGCAUUUACUAAUAAUAAUACUAUAAAAUGCUUGUUUCUUAAUAUGGAAAAUGGAGGCUGUAAUUCAUGCAUCUCUUUUAUCAAACCAAAUUUACACUCGAUUUUAGAUAAAUAAAUAAUAAUAUAUACAUGUGUAAUAUUGUGUUUAAUUUAUUGACCUUCAACACAGAAGGAGUACUCAUUAACUGUAGACUAUAUUUGAGGUUAAUGAGUACCACAUUUCACUAUUUAAUGUAGAAUUCUUAAUUUUCUCUGCAGAAAGAUAUACAAAAAAACCAGGACUAAUGAAUCAGGAAACUCGCCCAGUGAGUGUACUCUUGUAUGGUAAUCCAAUAUGCAAGCCAGCUAGCUUAAAUUUAUUUUCAUCUCAUUCAGAGACUGGAAAAUCUCAGCAAAAAGGGACUAGAGAAGAAGAUGAGUUUGAUUCUGACUAAAGAUUGUGGCCAUUGACUUUGAAACUCAUUUUCUGAUUGUGAAUAUUUUCAAAAGAAUUUGAAAAGGAUCUAUAGCAAUGAUCUCUAAUUAAUAGUGGAACAAAUAAUUUUAGGCUUUAAAAAAAAAUACAGAUCACUUAAAAGGAUGUUUCAGCUAAUGCCUUCUUUUGCAGACAAUACAAAAUACAUGCAUAGGAGCCAAAAUGAUCAAUAAAUUGAUCGUGGGCCCUUAAGAUAUAGAAGAAGAAGAAGAAGAAGAAGAAAACAAAUGAUUUAAAAUUGAAAAACUUAAGUGUUUACAGAUCACAAUGUCGCUUUGUCAGUCUCUGUGUAGAAACUAAGGUUUGAACGGAUCACAAUGUAGCUUUGUGAGUCUCUGUGUAGAAACUAAGGUUUGAACGGAUCACAAUGUAGCUUUGUCAGUCUCUGUGUAGAAACUAAGGUUUGAACGGAUCACAAUGUAGCUUUUUCAGUCUCUGUGUAGAAACUAAGGUUUGAACGGAUCACAAUGUAGCUUUUUCAGUCUCUGUGGUGUAGAAACUAAAUAAUUUGUAAAAUAUAACACCUUUUUUGAUUGAUUUUAAUAUGUUACAAUUUUUAUCUUGGUACAACGUAUAUGAAUUUAUCAUGAGAUUUAUUCUUUAGAAAGAAAAGUGUUAUACAAACUUUGUUUUGUUAAAUGGGAAAAAUAGUUUUGCAGAUAGUAAAAUACUUUAAAAAUGUGCAACAUUAAUACUUAAGCUCUCAUGGUUCAGUAUAUACAAACCACCAUAUGUCACAAAGCUUGUGGGCUAAAAAAACUAAAUAAUAUCAGCUAUAAGUAGUACCGUAUAUUAACAGUUAAAUGUAAUUGGAUUUUUAAAAUAAUGUAACAAUUUGUUAAUUUGCUUUCAUGUGUUAAUCUUUUAAUGUCACCAUUAAUAUCUCUUAAACAUUGUGCUCUAAGUACCGGGUACAGCAAUGUUUCCCUCUACUUUAAAUUUAUAUACCACAAAAAAAAAUUUGUAUGGCAGUGACAGAGCAUGUAAAAAUGUAUUCAUCACUAACCUUGAGAAGUUCUAACAGGUAACAUGCUAUCUAUUUUGAAGCCAUUUUUUCAUGCUUACUGGGUUUGUAACAAAAAAUUAUUAAAAUUUUUCCAAAUAUUAAUUAUAAAUCCAAGUCCAUGACCAAUGAUGCUUUAACCAGGCAUGAAUAAUUUAAAAGAAAAUUGCAGAUACCAGAUACAGUAGACAUUGUUACAAAUAUCCUUGAGUUCAUACCAGAAAUGAACUUUCAAAGUGAUGGAAAGAUAAUAAUUUUAGAACAUUUUCAAAUUAAAAUGUAUAAUUUUUUGAACAUUUAUGUGUAAUGAACAUUUUAGAUAAUGGUAGGGUGAUAAAACUUAGAAAGAAUGUCAAAUGACAGAGAAGUGAAGAGGGUGCACUACCAAAACCCAAGAGGAAAAUGGACAAAAGGCAGAUCUUUAGGUUAGAUGGACGGAUGAUAAGGAGAGGGAAUCCAAACAUGGAAAUUCUGAGUGAAAGGAUGUGAUGAAGCAAGCCAAAGCUCUAUGUGAGCUGUAGUGACACAAGGAUGGAUGGAUGGUCUGAGUGGAAGGAAGAGGUGAGGCAGAUCAAAGCUCUAGGUGAGCUGUAGUGACACAAGGAUGGAUGGAUGGUCUGAGUGGAAGGAAGAGGUGAGGCAGGUCAAAGCUCUAGGUGAGCUGUAGUGAAACAAGGAUGGAUGGAUGGUCUGAGUGGAAGGAAGAGGUGAGGCAGGUCAACAAUACAUUUCAAGUUCUGCCAAUACAAAUUAGCUAACUUUAAGUAAGUCUAAUUAGACUUUAUCUUCUCACAUAAAUUUUCACACUGAACAUAAAUAUGAGAGAACUAAAAGUUAAUUUCAUUGGUUGUAAACAAAGCGAGAAAACAAGAUGUCCAAAGUGAUUUAUUUAAAAUAUGGAUUAGGAUGAAAUUUAAAACAUCAAAUCCUUACUUUUCUUUUUAAUGUUACCGUUAGGAAAUUACUUAAGGAUAGAAUGUUAAGUUUUUAGAGAUUCAAAAAACUUUGUUAUGUCAUUCAAGUUAAUACAUUUAACAAUGAUGUAAUUGAAUAUUUUUAUAUUUGUAGCUCCAUUCCAUUUAUUAAACAAUUCUGUUAAAUAGGUAAUUUAAAAAAUUGUGUUAUUUUUAAAUAAUUAAAAUAAAAGAAGUGUUUAUUAGAAAUCCUAGUUAAAACAAUCCCAAAGCAUAAUGUGAGGGGGGGGGGUGUUUGAUCUACAUGCUCAGUUUACAUCUCUUUGCGAACAGCAGAGGUGCAUUUUGUGAAAUAAUUUGAAAACUCAUAUAAAUUUAAAUGAGCACUGUGGCUAGAAGUUUAGUUGUGGUAAUGUUUAAACUAUUUCCACUAAGGAAAGAUUUAAAAGAAAAUGGUUGGGAAAUUUAAAGAGUUAUAACAAUAAAAAAGAGUUAUAACAAUAAAAUAACAACCAUGAACAAACAAAUCUUUACAUUAAUUACCUGAAUCUUAGUAACCAAACCUGCACAUUUUAUUUCUAAUUUGUUAUUGUUCCUAAUCAGUAUUAUUCUCAUUUUGAGAUUAGUGUCCAUCACCUCUGUCACAAUGUGGCUUGUCUAAUUGAUUUUAAGGAUUUAUAAAAUGUGAUUUUAAAAAGAAAUCAUUUAGAGCAUAUUUCUAUACCAACUUCAUUAACAUUUUUUUUCUUUAAGUGUUUAAUUAGCCUUAAGAAUAAUAAAUUUAAUCCGUGUCUUAGUUAAUAAUACUAAUCAACCAAUGAGUACAAUUUUUGUGGAUACCUGUACUGUAUAUCUUCCCCAAUAUUGUUAGUGAUCAGUUAACUCUAUCAAAUUUAAUAUUUAAGUUUGAAAAAUUCCUUCUACGUAAUUUAAGCAUGCUCACUGCUUCAAAGUUUAAGAUUAUCUGUUAUUUAGGUAGUGAUGAUGCGUUUUUGAUAAAAUAGUUUUUUAAAAUGUACACGCAUAUUUCCUACCCCAAUAGGUAUGUACCUACGUGGGUUAAAUGAACUAUGUACCUACGUGGGUUAAAUAUUUACCAAAUUUAUUCCUUGAUCUGAAGCGUAUCUUGUGCUGCCUGGGGCAAAAUGAAAGUAUCGGAAUUAAA